CUUAUUUGUUCGGUCAUGUCGUGGUGCAAUCUGAAUUUUUCCUGUUGCGAUGCUCGUGCUCAAUUACCAAACCUUUGUUUUCGAAAAGAACGUCGGUACUGGUUUCGUGCGUACACGUUCGUGGUCGUCGUAAAUCGCUAAAUCUCGUCCGCCGGCCGUAAUUUAUUGAAGAACUUGAACUUCUCUUCCCGAUAACGGAAGACAGCAGACUACUGAUGCUCCUCCCUUUAUUUUUUACGUUCUAGAAAAACAUCAGCAUCAAAAGUCUAUGUGUAACAGGAACAGAACUCUUGAAGUUGAAGCUAUGCAAUUUUGAGACGGUAUCCCCCGACGCCUAUAGAAGAUUGGAGUUCUUCAACACGUGUUUUCCCCUUGUCUGCAUGCUAGUGUUGUUGUACUUACCCGCAGCUUCCCUUCUAUCUACUAAGAUUACAACUCCGGUCAACUAGUACUCACGAUGAAAAAAAAAAUCCGAAUCUGCGUAAAUCCUAUCAACUUCUAGUUUAGCGCAACGCGAUAACAAGCAUCACCAUGACGGCACUCACGACUAGUGUCAGUCCAGCGGAGGAGAAGGAAGCUUCUCCCUCAGCAAGAAGCUCUGUGUCGCACAGCCAUGUUGGUGUUGAGCAGCCAACCACAACGGAAUCAACCAUCCCGGUACUUGAUUCUCGCGCCAAAAGACAUAGGACAGCGUCCACAUCUUCUUCCUCGAAAAGCGCAAGAAAAAACGGCACCGUUGUGCCUUCAACCGCUAGACCCGAGGGCAACCGCUUUUUGUCUCUGUUUUUCUCGAUAUUCGCCCUGCUGCUGCUAAGCUGCACACUUUCCGACGUUCCGGUUCUUGAAGAGAGCCGUGGUGAGGUAGUCCUGCAUUCGCGGCGACCAAAAAGCUCCGUCGAAGCGAAGUCUUCAAGCCCGAGCAAAUCACCAGUGUACGCCGGAGCCCAGGUGGACAACGACCCGGAGGAGUCGGUGAAGCAGUUGCGCAGCCGAGAAGCGGACCGCGCGGGGCCUAUUUCUGCCUUUGCGAAGGAGCUCUGAAGUGGAACGGCUCUGGCAAAUGAAGAUGAAUAGACCUGCCGUACUUCUUAAACAUAUGUAUUACAUCGCAGAGGACCGCACAAGCGCAGGGCAGAGGACAACCAGUAGACUAAGCACGGUCCUCCAGUAUGGCAUAAAGACUCACAGACACAUGCUUUGCUGGAGGCGAUGUCUCGCGCUGUUGCUCUACUACAGAAGAUGAACGCUUUCACUUUACCAGACAACCUAGAGACAGACCCUUUGUAGUUUAUUUAGUAAGUACAUCUCCACCUAAGAUAGCAAGCGGACGACAAAUUUACGAAGAAAUCUACUUAUAGCAAAUCAACCUCCCAGACGAGUCAUCGUGUGCAUCAAACUCGAAAGAACUUUUUCGCUGCUUGCAGCUACACUGUAGAAAGCUGGUUUUCAUAUGUACUAUCUAUCGUGUAUCAUGGUUGUGCAUCAAACGACGUCUCUGAGUCAUGUUGUAUUUUAGUAGCCCUGUCCAGGGUUACGGUCACUAGUUUACUCCAAUCAGAGAUCGCAGAAUUUAAGAACUAGCUAAAAAUCUAGUUUAUCCAUACUUUGCUAAUAUGCUUCGAAUACUUACGCUUCGCCUUCGUUGUUUCUACUUCGUCAGCAAGAACGGCACAGCGCACGCACUCCCAUAUGUAGGAAAGAAAAAAUGCUGUAGCUGUUGUAGGACCGCACUGGUCCUCGUGCCAUUGCUUGGCGUAAAUUGAAUCGACGAGGACGACACAGGACAAUUUUGCCGCAGAUGCUGAGAAAACCGUCGUGUCGGAAGGUGAAGUAGGAGGUAUCGGGCUCAAGAUUACGAAAAAAUCAUACUCAGAACUUUUGGCAGC